AUGUCGGAAAUGGAUCGCCGUGAAUCUCCCCGCGAGGUCGCAGGUGUAGACCGGCUUCUCCAGGGACCUGCAGGCGCGGCUGGUCAGGUCCUGAUACGGGGGCCCGACUUCGAGGACGACGAGGACCGGUCCGACUACCGGCUGUGGUGCACGCGCGACGGGCGGGGCAGCUGGGUGCCGUUCCCGUUCGACCCCCAGAGCAAGCCGUACGUCGACUGGUCGUGGUGGCAUCUGGACCAGUGGAUGCAAUCCCGCGGGGAGCGCAUGCGGCAUAAGUGCAACGCCGACUGGGAGACCGACAGCGACGUCUCUAGCUGCCAGCUCAACGCUGAUGCACUCCCACUUCCUGCACCUCAGGGGCGACGAGGCCGAGUUUGCCAGGCUGAGGAAGACCCCUCGCUGCCCGAUCGCGACCCCCCUGCCCCGAGACCCGUCCGGCCUCUGCCCUGUCCCGUGGUCUACGGUGCCCAAAUCCUCGAGCGUGGGAAAGCUUCGCCACGACCGCGUGAUGGACGCCGCGUCUGGCGGCGUCCUCGACCUGACGUCCCCACAUUUUGUCUACAGGUGGCCGGCGCGUGCGCAGGACGAGGAUGA